UCUCUUCUAAUCCAUGCGUCACUCUCUCUCUUGUCUUCUCUCCUCGCUCGCACAGAGUCGCACUCUCUCUCUCUCUCUCCGCAGCAGCCCUGCUCCGCCUGUCUCGUUCUUUUUCAGAUCGCUGACCCAGAGGCGCCGCCAAUCUCUGCCGUCUCCACGCCUCGCUCGCCGAUUCGCCGUCGAAAUCAAGAUUGUUAGGGAUAUGGGAGGACAUGAUGAAUCAGAGACAUCUGGAAGAAAAGAAAGCGAGGAGAUUGAUGUCCCAAUCUUCAGCGGCGAGAAUAUGCAAAGCAACAUGAAAGUCAUAUAUUACAGCCGAACAUUUAUGUCCAUUAUCGGCGGUGUCAUUGCUGGGAUUCUCGGAUUCACAGGCUUAACUGGGUUCAUAUUUUACUUUCUUGUCAUGGCAAUCACCUCAAUUGGCCUUAUUGCGAAGACCGGAUUUUCCAUCCACUCGUACUUUACCAGCUGGAGUCAGAUCAUCUUUGAUGGUUUCCUGGGUGGGCUUUUGUCGUUCGUGCUGUUUUGGACAUUUGCUUAUGACAUCGUCCAUAUAUUCUGAGGCAGUGUCAUGACAGAAGGCCAGGAAGUUGCACUCCACACUGCGCGGUCUCCCGAGGUUCUGGAACAAAUCUGACAGAUUGCUUCGAUGUUGCAAUGGAUCCAUUGUUGUUCCUCUUUUUUGGUUAUGUGACUUAUCUCUGAAUCAAAGAGAGCUUUCGUAGUUAUGUUGGACAUGGUUUUCUGAGCUACGAAACUGAAGUGAUACAUCGGUCGUGCUUUCGCUUGAUUGUGCCCUUUGACGGAUUAGACACGGUAUAUUUUUGUCGUAGUUAGACUUGGGUUUGUUUCAUGCCCAUGCUACUCUUCGGACAUCUUCGGUCAGUUUUUAGGGUGCAGUCCUCUGCUUUUCACAGAUUUCAUCAUGAAGGAGAUUGCUUUGUUUCCAUAAUGUACUUUUUUUGCACAGUGCAAAAUCCAGAAGAGUAAUUAUC